GGCGGGAGCGGGAGCAACGGCUGUGGGACAGCCCGGGGAAGCAGCAUGGUCCAGGCGGCGCAAUGGGGGCGGAAAGGGUGACGGCCCGAGAGCUGUGUGAGAACGACGACCUGGCCACCAGCCUCGUCCUCGACCCCUACCUGGGUUUCCGGACCCACAAGAUGAACGUCAGCCCGGUGCCGGCCCUGCGACGGCAGCAUCAUCUGCGCUCGGCGCUGGAGGCCUUCCGGAAGCAGCGAGACCUGGAGGCGGCCUACCGCGCCCUGACGCUCGGCGGCUGGAGGGCUCACUACUUCCAGAGCCGGAGGCGGCAGCAGGAGGUGUCCCUCAAGGCUCACAUCUACCGCUACCUCCGCGCCUUCCUACCCGAGAGUGGGUUCACCAUUCUUCCGUGCACCCGCUAUUCUCUGGAAACCAACGGGGCCAAGGUGGUCUCCACCCGAGCCUGGAAGAAGCACGAGAAGCUGGAGCUGCUGGUGGGCUGCAUCGCGGAGCUGAGGGAGGCCGACGAGGAGCUUCUGCGGGCCGGAGAGAACGACUUCAGCGUCAUGUACUCCACCCGCAAGCGUAGCACCCGCCUCUGGCUGGGCCCCGCUGCCUUCAUCAACCACGACUGUAGACCCAACUGUAAGUUUGUGCCCUCGGACGGGAACGCCGCCUGCGUCAAGGUUCUGCGAGACAUCGAGCCGGGCGAGGAGGUGACGUGUUUCUACAGCGACAGCUUCUUCGGGGAGCAGAACGAGCUGUGCGAGUGCUCCACCUGUGAGAGGAAGGGGGAAGGGGCUUUCCGGCUGCAGCAGAAGGCCCCGCCGGCGGCGGCCCCGACCCCGGCCCCGGCUUCGCCCGCCCCGGAGAAGUAUCAGCUGCGGGAGACGGAGCGGCGGCUGCGGCGGAACCGGCAGGGCAGGGCGGGGCCCGGGGGCAAAGCCCGGGGCUGCCCCUACCCCUUGCAUCGGGACCUGCUCUGUGCCGCCUGCCACCCGCUGCGGGUCCCGCCCCUCGGCCGCCCGGCCGCCGCGGCCUCCCUCUGGCUCCAGUGGCUGCCCUGGCCUCGGCCCUCCCCGCGGCCCCGCCGCCGCCCGCCCCGCCGAUCCGCCGGCCCUCGCCCGCCUUCCCUGCGGCCCCUGACGGUGGCCCUCCACCCCUGGGGGGGCUGCGGGCCUCGGUGCCGCCUGCGGGGCGAGCCGGUCGUAGCUCUGGCCCGGGCCCUGCCCCGCCGCCUCCCGGCGGCGCCGGUGCCCCCCCGCCAGGACUGGCACUGGGCCCGGCGGUACGGGCUCCCCCGCGUGGUGCGGGUGGACCUGAGCGGGGCCGCCCCCCGUCCCCGGCUGCCUCCCGCCCCCCCGAAACGGACUGUGGCCUUCGCCCCCUUUUCCCCGUCCAAGCGGCUCCGCCUGGUCCUCAGCGAUGGGACCCUGGCCCUCACGCCGACUGAGGAGACCCACUGAGGCCGGGGGGAAAGGGCCCGUGCCCCAACUCUCUCUCUCUUCCCCAGGCCCCUCCCCGUCCUCCUCAGAUCAGCAGGGAAUUCGCCGGGGAAGGUCAGGAGGUUCAGGAGGAGGGGGGCUUGCCCAUUUCAGAGACUUCCCUCCCACCCCGGUCCAGACUCCUAGCUCUACCCCCGCCCUCCUCCGCCCUCCACUCCCCUCAGGGACCCAGGUGUCCUCCCUCAAACCAGCGGGGAGCUGACAGCCCCCCUUUUCCCCACCACACCACUCUUGCCUCAGCCCCUCGAGGGCGCAAAGCCAUAAGUGCGGAGGGGGUGUGAGGAGACCAAGCUCACCUGGCUCCUUCCUCCCCCCUCCCCCCACCUUAUCCGGCGACUGUUUGGGAUGGGACUGGAAGAGGCCCGGCCUUCCCUUCCGGCCCCCGGGUCGCUCAAAAUGCAGGAUUUGGGGAUUCGGGGUUCAUGAGCACCCUCAGGAUCGCAGACAGAAAGUGUGUGUGUCUGUGUGUGUGUACGGGGAUGAGUGGGGCUAGGGUGGCUUGUUUUUCUAACUCUUUGCAGUACGUUGGAGCGAAUGCAGUUGUUUGUGUGCGUAAAGGAAUGCUUGUGUCUAUCUCCCUCCUCGGGUCAGAGGGGAAGGGCCUCGGCCCCCAUCCCCGGUGCGCCUUGGUUCCCUCCCCGCCCCUUGGAGAGCGGCCCCUGGGUCGCCGGUGCUAAACGUGAGGUGGCCGGGGGAGGAGGGCACAACAGGAAGUUUGAAAUCCUUUUUUUAUAAAGUUCCCUUUGGCCUGAA